AGCUUGUCUCAUGUGUCAGUGUGCAGCCGAGUGUCGAGGCAGCUGCUCUCUGCAGGUUUGAUGCCCCAUUCAAAGGCUGGUUGCUUGCGCUGAAAAUGACCCUGCCUCUCCGCCGUGCAGGAAUGGCCUCCACUGGGAACCUUUCUGAAGAGCAGGUGCACUGCUCCAUCUGCCUGGACGUCUUCACCAACCCCGUGUCCAUCCCCUGCGGACACAACUUCUGCCAGAGCUGCAUCCUGGGAUACUGGAAAACCAGCCCUCUGUAUCAGUGUCCCAUGUGCAAGAAGUCCUUCUACAAAAGGCCCGACAUCAGCGUCAACACUGUGCUGAGGGAAAUCGCGGAGCAGUUCAAGGAGAUCAGGGUUAAAAGCGUGGACGGGAAGGGGAGCAGGGACGAGAGAGAGGGGAGAGACAGCAAGUGGACAAUGGAGAGAAAGAAAAAGGAGGAUGAGGAGAGGAAGCAGGAGGAGGAGAGGAGGAAGAAAGAGGCGCUGAAGGAGAAACAAGCAGAGAAGAGGCCACUUCCAGAGGAGCUACCACCACUGCUCCCUAGAACCUCUCCUCCACCUUCGCCUCAGGACACACCUCUGUUUCUACCACCGCCAGCUCUUCCAGAAACCUCACCCCCACCCUCGCCUCACAUCCCAGCGCCUUCUCUUCCUCCCACUUCACCUCCGCCCGCCUCCCUCCCGUCUCCUCCCUGGGGUGAGGUUCUGUGUGAUGUUUGUCUGGGCGACGGCAGGCCGAAAGCAGUCAAGUCCUGCCUCGUGUGUCUGACCUCCUACUGCGAGGAGCAUCUGAAAUCCCACUCGGCCAGGUUCACCAAGCACAAGCUGAUGGAGCCCGUGGCCAACAUGGAGGACAGGAUGUGUCCGAAGCACGAACGGCUCCUGGAGCUGUUCUGUAAGAAGGACCAGACUUGCGUGUGCGUCCUGUGCACUGAGACGGACCACCGGGCCCAUUACACCGUCCCUGUGGAGAGGGAAUGGACCGACAAGAAGGCGCAGCUGAAAAGGACAGGAAUAGACGUCCAGCAGAUGAUCCAGGACAGGGUGAAAAAGGUGGAGGAGAUCAAGCACUCUGUGGAGCUCAACAAAGCCAGUGCUAAAAGGGAGAUCGAGGAGAGCAUGCAGGUGUUCUCGGAGCUGGUGCGCUCCAUCCAGAGGACUCAGGCCGAGCUGGUUCUGGUCAUCGAGGAGAAGCAGAGGCAGACGGAGGGCUGGGCUGAAGGCCUCAUCGCUGAGCUGGAGCAGGAGAUCGCUGAGCUGAAGAGAAGGAACACAGACCUGGAAAACGUGGCCCGGACCGACCACAUCCACUUCCUAAAGAGCUUCCCAGCACUCAGCACUCCACCAUCUGUUAAAGACUGGUCUGAGACCAGUGUUCCCACUGAUGCCUGCGUGGGCAUGAUCAGGAGAUCCGUGUCCAAACUGGAGGCAACGCUAAAUGAAAUGAUUGACAAACUGUCCGAAAGCGAGAUCAAAAAAAUUCAGAAAUAUACAGUGGACGUCACUCUGGACCCAGACACCGCUAACCCCUGGCUGCAGCUGUCUCAGGACAGGCAUCAGGUGAGACACCUGGGCGCCUGGCAGGACCUCCCAGACCACCCCGAUCGAUUCGACACAGUGGUCAUAGUGCUGGGCCGCGAGGGCUUCACGUCAGGCAGACACUACUGGGAGGUCCAGGUGGGGGACAAGGACGACUGGUACCUGGGCGUGGCCAAGUCUUCUGUCAACAGAAAGGGCCGGCUCUCCGUGAGCACCACCCAAGGCUACUGGGCUCUGGCCAUGAAGAAAGGCCAGGGGUACCGGGUGUCAACGUCCCCACCGUUACUGCUCGCCCUCGACCCGAAGCUCAAGAGAGUGGGCGUGUACGUGGACUACGAGGAAGGCCAAGUGUCGUUUUAUGAUGUGAAAGCUCGGACCCAUAUUUACACGUUCGAAGACACGUUUACAGAGAAGAUUCUGCCCUUUUUCUACCUGUACUGCUGCGACAAAGCCUCUGAUACCAUCGUCAUCUGUCCCGUGAAUGAGAAAAGUCUGAUCAAACAAAGCUAAGGACAAAACAACAAUGAAAGGCCUUUGUGAAGUGAAUAACAGACUGUACUUUGCUGUAGUCGAACCAGAUUUUUAUUGAAAAUCUCUGUUCUGUGUAUAUGUAUUGAACAUAGCUAAAUAAAUAAGUCACUGCACACCUUAUGUAUGUAUGGAUGUAUAAGAUGUACACCAAUAGGUGGAAGACAAAACCUCAAAGGGACAGUUAGCAUUUUGAUAAAUAAGACUGUUUGCAUUGUUUCAGAGAGUUUAAUGAGAAGAUUGGUAAGACUCUCAAGACUGUCCAUCAUAUAUGAAGCUAGCAGGUUGUUAGCUUAGCAUAAGACACGGCGCGAGGGGAGACAGUUUGCCUGGUUCCACAUCAAGGUUGCAAAAUUGUACCAGAGUUUCUAAAGCUAAGGCUUAAAGGACUCAUUUGACACUUUGGGACACUAGAUCAUUUGCUUUCUUGCUGAGAGUUUGACAAAAAGAUCGAUUUAACUCCCAUACCAGUGUGCUAACAAUACAGCUUCAGCUAAAGGCAGUUGGCUGCAAUGGCAGCUUCUGAAGCAGGCCAUUCCAGACGUCCCUCUCGCCAACAGCGUUUUCCGGUUCCUCCUGGGGGAUCCCGAGGCGUUUCCAGGCCAGAUGAGAUAUAUAAUCCCUCCAGCAGGUUCUGGGUCUACCCCAGAGUCCCCUUCCAGUUGGACACGCCUGGAAACCCUCGAAUGGAAGGCCUCCAGAAGGCAUCCUAAUCAGAUGCCCGAACCAAAUCAGUUGGCUCCUAUGAUACGAGGGAUCUAUUCCAAGCUCACUCUGGAUGUCCGAUUUCCUCACCAUGUCUCUAAGGCGGAGUCUGGCCACCCUGUGGAGGAAUGUCGUUUUGGCUGCUUGUAUUCACCACCUCAUUCCUUCAGUCACUAGCCAGAGCUCCUGGUCAUGGUUGAGGGAUAGAGUGCAGAUCGACUGAUGAAUCGACACUCAGUCUGGUAUGAGGCCGGCUUUACUUGUGUAACUUUCCGUUUGUCCAUCUGACACUACCUUUUCCAUCACUUGUGAAAGAUCCUGAGAUACUUAAGCUUCCUCACUUGGGGCAGAAACUCCAUCGGUUUCCUUUCCACACUGUAUGCUAAAGCUAAGCUACCAGGCUGCAGCACUUUGCUGCACAGACACAAGCGCUGCUGAAAGUCUUCUCACAUAACUUCUGGCAAGAAUGCAAACAUCUGUAUUACCUAGAACGAGUGUUUCCUUUUAAAUGCACGAGUCAAAUCAAAGCAAAGUUUAGUUUCUACUCUUAUUUUGUAACUGCAUGUUGAUAUUUUUGUGUGGCUGAUCCUGCAGAAGUUGUAUGAGAAGUGUUUACAAGAAUAAAUUUCCUCUCAAAUAUGCA